AUGACCGGCUCCUGCCCCUGCUGGCCCGCCCGCAUCCGCGCCCGCCGUCGCACCGCCCCGUCACUUCACGACCUUGGCAAAACGCAUGUAGGCAAAAAGGGGUCCGCAAAGUCUUCUACCUCGUCGGUCAAGUCGACCACGAGGGUUCGAGGCGGUAGUAGUGGGGAUGUCGACGAGGAUGGGGAGAGGACGGAUGGCGGUGGGGAUGAGGAUUUGCUUGAGGUACCCUCCACCUACGCCAACUCCAUCAACACCACCCUCCCAUCAAGUUCUCUGCAACUAGCGCACAUUUAUGGCUACUCGUCGGAAGCGCAAAGAUCCAACAUCCAUCAUCUGUACCCACCAUCUCACCCGCGAGGGCUGGUAACCGUCCACCCCGCCGGGAACCAUCUAGUCAUAACAGCUGCUGCCGGGUCACCAAGUCGCACCGCACCGAUCCCAGAAACCCCAGACGUAUCCCAGCCACCUAUCGCCGCGGAUGCAAGCCCACACCCCUCCUACUUCCGGCACCACGUAAAAGCCAUAACUGCCAUAUGCAUCCACCCCGACGGCGGGAUCGGCGCGUCAGCCGAGCUGGGCCCGGCGCCGGUCGUCAAAGUAUGGGCUGUCGAAACCCCCGGCCAUCACGGUCCGUCAUCGGGGCGCAAAAUGACGAGAAUGUCGAUAUCGGUCGGGCAGAGGGCCGUGUCGCCCGAGCCAGGCACGCCAUUGGGGACGAGCUUCAGCGGGAAAGACCCUCGGGUGGGGUCUGACCAGCCGGACAGCGAGCUGCAGUUGACAGUGCUGGCGACCGCUGUCCUGCCGGAGCCCAUCCACAGCGUGUCCGCCAUGACGUUUGCAAAGGACGGGACCACGCUGGUGAUUGCGGGGAACAGGGAGGAUGAGGCGGAGGUGCUCGUGUACGAGUGGCGGAAACUUGCCCCGGGAACCCAUUCCGCCGCCGCCGCCGGGUCGGCCGCAGAGCACCGCGCCCCCGCCGCCCGCGCCGUGAUCCCCGCCCCCGUGUUUUCCCUCACGCUCAACCCCUGGUCGCGGCGGGAGUUCAUCGUCGGCGGGCUGCGGCAUCUCUCCUUCUGGACGAUCGACGCGCCGCUGUUGUCGCAGACCCUGACGUUGACGUCUAGACCGGCCGGGUGGGCCAGGGACGGGGAGCAACAUCACGGUGCCGCGACUGCUGCGUUGACGGUCCUGUGCGCGGCGUUCACGCUCGCGAAGGGGCAGAGGGUGCUUGCGGUCGGAACCGCGAACGGGGACGUGGUGUUUUGGAAAGGUGAUCGGAUCGAGAGCCAUUCUCGGGCGGUCCACAAGGGCCAAACCCUAACCCUCACACCCCUCCUCCACCCCACCCUGACCCUCCUCACCGGCGGCUCCGACCACACCCUCCUCCUCUUCAACGAUGUCCUCACGCCCAUCUCCACCCUCACCCUCGACUCCCCCGUCCGCGCCGUCGACGCCGGCGGCUUGGGCGGGGUGUGGUAUGGCUGGGGCGAGGCGAUGAAACGGCGGGCGAGCCGGGCGUUGGGGUUGACGCCUUUGGAGACGGGAUCGAAGGGGCUCGGGAGGGGUGGGGGGGAGAAGAAGAGGACGGGGGCGGGUGUGAGGGUUGGGUGUGGGGAUGGGAGCUUAUGGGUUGUGGAGAUUGGAGAGGAGGGGACGCUGAAUAAGAGUUUGCUGUCUGAGUCGCACGCAUCGCAAACGAAUCCCGGCGUAUGGGGUCUCGCCCCACACCCGACCAACCCGCGGCUUCUGCUGACGUGCGGGAAUGAUGGGUUCAUCCGGCAGUGGGCUGUCGAGGAGCGGAAACAGAUAACAAGCUGCAACCUCAAAAUGCCCCUCCGCUCCUGCACCUACGACCCCUCCGCCCGCCAGAUCGCCGUCGGGUCCGACCAAGGCACCAUCUUCAUCCUAACCCCGACGCUAACCUCCACCCUCUUCAUCAUCACCCAACGCCGCGACACCAUCCACGCGGUCUCCUACUCGCCCGACGGGCGCCUCUUCGCCGCGGCCACCCAGGAAGCCAUCAUCGACGUGUACAGCGUCGCCGGCGCCGACGGGAGCGGGUACCAGCGCGUGAUGUGUUGCCGCGGGCACUCGAAUUUCGUGUCGGCGCUGGACUGGAGUGUGGACUCGAAACGGUUGCAGAGCAAUAGUGGGAAUAGCGAGAUCAUGUUUUGGACGAUGGCAACGCACCCGCCGCCGCCGCCGACGCCCUUCGCCGAAGUCGACUGGGCCUCCGCCACAUGUCCGCUCUCGUGGGCGACAAAAGGCGUGUACGUGUCGGGGGAAACAGCGCUCUCCUCUCCCGCCGCCCCCACCAACCCCACCACGCCCGACGACUGGAAGAUCCAGCUCCGAGGCGUGCUGGACUCGGCCGAGGCGCGCGCGGACUUGUUUGCGAGCAAAGGGUGUGUGCUGGGGUUACGCGAUGUGGUAUGCACGGCCCGCGGCACGCCCCCCUCACCGGCACCCGACCCCGACAAGGUCGUGGUCAUGGGCACGACGCGCGGGGAUGUGCUGCUGUUGCGGUAUCCGGCCUGUGCCGAGGGGGCACCGGCGUAUACGUACACGGUGCACGCGGGCCCCGUCGGGCGCGUGGCGGUGUCUGUGGAUGGACGGUGGGUGUUCUCGACGGGCGCCGGGGACGGGUGUGUGUUGCAGCGGGUUUGGGGGACUAACGCAUAG